AUGCCUGAUCUCGUCGAUGCGGCCGCCGUGAAUUCUUCCGCGCUGGGUGCCUUGAGUGUGCGUUGCGACGGCGCGCUCUACGGGUUCAAUCCGAACAUUGCCGACUGCGAGGGCGCGGCGCAGUUCAUCGUCCCGGACUCGGAACAGUUGGUCUGGGGAGAGCGGCAUACGGGUUUGCCGGUCGGUAUCUUCCCUCUUCCGUUCGCGGUGUUCGGCGACAAGGCCGAAUGCGUCGUCCGGACGAUCGUCCGCGGAGCUGGUCCCACCGCUCGCGCGAGUCUCGUUCAGGUCAAACGCGCCGCGGCCGCUCUGAGCUUGCAGUGCGCGGCGGGUGGUCAGUCACAAGGUGGUAUCGCGACCAAUAUCGGCGGCGACAACAACCUCGCCGUGAUUCUGAGUACGUACAAGCCGAAAAUCCAAUGCGGCAGCGCCCAGACCUUCAGCGAUGCAUCUUCCUGCGAGGGUCUCUUGGCGGAUAUGCCGGCGUCGACGGCGAAGGUGCUUUUCGGUCCUGAUGAUGUACCCGGCGUCCGGGAACCGCUUCCUCAGUUGAUCGCCUCGGGUAAGCUGAGUCGGGAUGUACAUACCCCCGUGUCUGUACUCCGUCCGACUGAGAUUCAACAGGUGACGACAAAUGUCUCCUCAGGCUCUUCUCCACGGGCAGAGCAGAUUCCGCCUCUUGGUACAGCAUCUGGGAGGCCACGGAAGCGACGUUUGCGCGGUGUGCCAGGGACCGGAAACCCGGCAGCUUCAGGGGACUGGGUAGGUUCCGUGCUCGCCGAGAGCUCUUGCGGAUUGGCGAGAACUGACUCCGUGUGGUAG